AUGCUGAAGCCCGGAGACCCCGGCGGCUCGGCCUUCCUCAAAGUGGAUCCAGCUUAUUUGCAGCACUGGCAGCAACUCUUCCCGCACGGCGGCAGCGGCGGUCCGCUCAAGGGCGGCGGCGCCGCGGGUCCCCUGGGCGCGCCGCAGCCCCUCCAGCCCCCGCCGCCGCCGCCGCCCCCGGAGCGCGCAGAGCCGCCGCCGGACAGCUUGCGCCCGCGGCCCGCUUCGCUCUCCUCCGCCUCCUCCACUCCGGCUUCCUCCUCCAACUCGGCCUCCUCUGCCUCCUGCGCCGCCGCUGCCGCCGCCGCCGCCGCGCUGGCGGGUCUCUCGGCCCUGCCUGUGGCGCAGCUGCCGGUGUUCGCCCCUCUGGCCGCCGCCGCCGUCGCCGCGGAGCCGCUGCCCCCCAAAGACCUGUGCCCCGGCGCCGCCUCGGGCCCGGGGCCUUCCAAGUGCGGCGGAGGCAGCGGCGUGGACGCCCGGGGCGCCCCGCGCUUCCGCUGCAGCGCGGAGGAGCUGGACUAUUACCUGUACGGCCAGCAGCGCAUGGAGAUCAUCCCGCUCAACCAGCACACCAGCGACCCCAACAACCGUUGCGACAUGUGUGCGGACAACCGCAACGGCGAGUGUCCCAUGCACGGGCCGCUGCACUCGCUGCGCCGGCUCGUGGGCACCAGCAGCGCCGCGGCCGCCGCGCCCCCGCCGGAGCUGCCCGAGUGGCUCCGGGACCUGCCGCGGGAGGUGUGCCUGUGCACCAGCACUGUGCCGGGCCUGGCCUACGGCAUCUGCGCGGCGCAGAGGAUCCAGCAGGGCACCUGGAUCGGGCCCUUCCAGGGCGUCCUCCUGCCUCCGGAGAAGGUGCAGGCCGGCGCUGUGAGGAACACGCAGCAUCUCUGGGAGAUAUAUGACCAAGAUGGAACACUACAGCACUUUAUUGAUGGUGGGGAACCUAGUAAGUCGAGCUGGAUGAGGUAUAUCCGAUGUGCAAGGCACUGCGGAGAACAGAAUCUAACAGUAGUUCAGUACAGGUCGAAUAUAUUCUACCGAGCCUGUAUAGAUAUUCCCAGGGGUACCGAGCUUCUGGUGUGGUACAAUGACAGCUAUACGUCUUUCUUUGGGAUCCCUUUACAAUGCAUUGCCCAGGAUGAAAACUUAAACGUCCCCUCCACGGUCAUGGAGGCCAUGUGCAGACAAGACGCCCUGCAGCCUUUCACCAAGAGCAGCAAACUGCCCCCGGCCGCCCAGCAGCGUUCUGUGGUUUUCCCACAGACGCCGUGCAGCAGGAACUUCUCUCUCCUGGAUAAGUCUGGGCCCAUGGAGUCAGGAUUUAACCAAAUCAACGUGAAAAACCAGCGAGUCCUGGCCAGCCCGACCUCCACGAGCCAGCUCCACUCGGAGUUCAGUGACUGGCACCUUUGGAAGUGCGGGCAGUGCUUUAAGACUUUCACGCAGCGGAUCCUCUUGCAGAUGCACGUGUGCACGCAGAACCCCGACAGACCUUACCAGUGUGGUCACUGCUCGCAGUCCUUUUCACAACCAUCAGAGCUGAGGAACCACGUGGUCACUCACUCCAGUGACCGGCCCUUCAAGUGCGGCUACUGCGGUCGUGCCUUCGCCGGGGCCACCACCCUCAACAACCACAUCCGAACCCACACUGGAGAAAAGCCCUUCAAGUGCGAGAGGUGUGAACGGAGCUUCACGCAGGCCACGCAGCUGAGCCGGCACCAGCGGAUGCCCAAUGAGUGCAAGCCAAUAACUGAGAGCCCAGAAUCAAUUGAAGUGGAUUAACUGAUUGACUGGUUGGAAUUAAACUGCAAGCAAAGUCAUGAUUAAAUGUCAUGGACACUUAAGCAAAACCAAAGAUUUCCUCUGAGCAACUUUCAAUCAGUCCCAGAAAACCAAAAGCAGUAAUAAAAUAAGUAAGAUGUUAAAGAGAUAUUGAUCCUGGCGUGGAAGUCAGACCAGGAAAGAGAUUAUUUAUUUAUGACUAGGGAUGAGACUUGUUUCAGUGGACCACAACCUGGGACGGUUCACGUUUCCAGUCCUCCCAUGUAUUUGCUUUGUUUCUAAAAAGCUUUUUUAAACUGUAAUUUAAUACCAAAGGGAGGAAUCGUGUGGGUUCUUCGGCUCACACUUGUGACUAAGAAUGCACAGGGACUUCUUUCUCGUUGCACCUUUUUUUUUUUUUUUUUAGUAGCAUGAUUCAAGGGGACCCACAUUGUACAGCCCUCCUUCCUGCCGUUGGGGUUUGCGUGGCCCGAUUUGGCCACCCCAGCAGGACCGCACAACCAGAAGCCAGAGCCUCCGCUAACUCAUUGCCACCGUCAGCCCCGCGGGUGGCCCGUGUCUGUGCUUUCCACGCUUGUUUCCAAGGCCCUUUUUACGCCACUCCUUCCGUCCAUCUGUCCACCCGGCAGCCUGACCUUGAGGCAGAGGAGCCUUGAAAAGGAAGAAAACGGUUCGGUUUCAAGAUUGAAGGGGGAAAAAAAAAAGUGGGGAACUUACUUUGUCUUGUCAAGAUCUCAGAAACAUUUAAAAUGUACAGAGCUUCAUAAUACAGUAUAUCAUUCCGAAGCAGCUAGUGGAGAAGAUUUUGUUUUCAAUAACAUUUUAGCUUAAAAAAAAAAAAAAAAACCACAAAAACAAAAAAUAAAGUUCUUCGGUACGAAGCCGAGA